UUUGUGGCUGCUCGCUCUCCCCCCCCCGCCAUGUUCAUCGCCACCCCCAAAGACCAGUGGAGCUCCAUGUGGACCAAAGAGAGACCCUCAGCGCAGAUCCUGCAGCGCCUUCUUGUGCUGGCCUCAGAGUCUCUACAUGUCCUGGAGGAGCAGCUUAUGGACCCGCUCAGCAGCCAGGAUGUGAAGAACAGCAGUGCAGUGAAGAUCCUGUUUCCUGUGGUGGAUUAUGACCCUGCACAGUGCUACCUCCAGGAGUUGAGAGAUGCAUUCAGCGAUCUUGCCUUGUUCUUCUAUGACAAGCACGGUGGAGAAGUUAUUGCAGUUUUGUGGAAACCUUUGAGCUUUCAACCUCAGCCUUUUAAGGUCUCCAACAUGAAAGGAAGGAUGGUGACAACUCUGAACAAUGAACCAGUCUGUGUUCCCAACGUGGAGGCAAUUCUGGAGGACUUUAAGGUUCUGGGAGAGGGCCUGGUCAAAAGUGUGGAAGCUCGUACAGAGAAAUGGACUAUCUGAGGCCACUGAGAAGUGUCAGAGGGACCCAUCCUGAAGCAGAGUGUGUUCAGUCUGGGGCUGUUUUUUUUUUUUUUUAUAAGUCAGUCCUAGGAGAGGCUUUCAUCCUUUUAAAUCCCAG